CCGGCCCCGCCCCCUCCCGGGAUCCGUAGUCUUCGUCGUUGUCUUGGUGACGGGCGGACAGCGAGCGGUCACGUGGAGAGAGCGGGGCGCGUCCGGUGUGUGGCGGUUUGUCCCCCAGAGGCUUUUGUAGUCCAGCGUUGUCACCAUGGCCGCAGACGGUUCAGAACGGGAGGAGGACGCCGGGCCGGAGGUGGUCUCUAGCGGGAACAUUCUGGAAUCGUUCACCGAGAGCCAAGAGACACGAGAUCUGAUCGUCAACCUGAGAUCUUCCUGUGAGGAGCUGGUGACCAGAGAAGUGUGCACACAGAGAUUCGUAGUGAUCAUGGACAAAUACCAGGAACAGCCGCACCUCCUGGACUCACAUCUGGAGUGGAUGUUGGAUCUCUUACUGGAAAUUAUUCGUGAUAAAACUUCCUCGCCUCUUCUCUUCCACCUCGCCUUUAAAUUUCUCUAUAUCAUUUCUAAGGUACGCGGUUAUAAAAUCUUCAUCCGCCUUUUCCCCCAUGAGGUGGUGGACGUACAUCCCGUACUUGAGAUGAUCCGUGCACAGAAUCCUGCCGAUCCCGAGACAUGGGAAUCUCGCUACAUGCUCUUGCUGUGGCUCUCCAUGGCUUGUCUUAUUCCAUUUGAUCUCUCUCGAUUGGAUGGGAAUCUUUCUACGGAAGAAGGACAAAAACGCCAAUCUACCAUGGACACCGUCCUGGACGUUGCUAAGUCGUACUUGUUGGUGAGUGACAAAGCCCGAGAUGGAGCCGCUGUGCUGGUAUCAAAGUUCAUCACCCGCCCUGAUGUCAAACAGAAGAGAAUGGCAGAUUUCCUGGACUGGUGUCUUUCUACAUUGUCACACUCCUCCUACCUGACCAUCGAAGGCAGGAACGCCAUGGACGGGAUCCUGCAGGCCUUGGCUCAACUCUUCAAACAUGGGAAGCGAGAGGAUUGUCUGCCAUACGCUUCUACUGUCCUCACCGCCAUUAAUAACUGCAAGCUCUGUGACAGCAACAACAAUCUUCUCCAGAAGCUGGGAGUCAAGCUUAUCCAACGUCUAGGACUCACUUUCCUUAAAACCAAGGUGGCCAAGUGGAGGUAUGAGCGGGGUUCCAGGUGCCUGGCUGCCAACUUGCUCCAGAGUUCCUCAGAUGCCCAGCAAGCAGUGGUCGCCUCCCUAGGGGAUGACGAUGAGGACUACGAUAUCCCAGAGGAGAUUGAGCAUGUUAUUGAACAGUUGCUGGUCGGAUUGAAGGACAAAGACACCAUUGUGCGAUGGUCUGCAGCAAAGGGCAUCGGCCGACUGACCGGACGGCUUCCUCGAGAUUUAGCUGAUGAAGUGGUGGGAUCUGUGCUGGACUGUUUCAGUUUUCAGGAAACCAAUAACGCCUGGCAUGGGGGAUGUCUGGCUCUGGCCGAAUUGGGCCGGCGGGGGCUGCUGCUUCCAUCUCGACUUCCUGACGUUGUCCCCGUCAUACUGAAGGCGCUGGUUUAUGAUGAGAAGCGCGGUGCGUGUAGCGUGGGUUCGGCUGUCCGGGAUGCUGCCUGUUAUGUGUGUUGGGCCUUUGCACGGGCCUAUGACCCUCUCGAAAUGAAGCCUUAUGUAAAUCAGUUGGCAAGCGCUCUGCUAAUCGCUGCCAUCUUUGACCGCGAUGUGAGCUGCAGAAGAGCCGCCUCGGCAGCCUUCCAGGAGAAUGUGGGGCGACAGGGUACUUUUCCACACGGGAUCGACGUCUUGACCAUAGCGGACUAUUUUGCCGUUGGGAAUCGAGUCAGUUGCUUCCUCAGCAUCAGCGUAUUUGUCGCUGGUUUCCCAGAAUACACUGCACCGAUGAUCGAUCACUUGGUGAAAAUGAAGAUCAACCACUGGGACGGCGUCAUACGAGAGCUUACCACAAAGACCCUUCACAACCUAACGCCGAUCGCACCCGAAUACAUGAUUAAAACCGUGCUGCCUCAGCUCCUCCCUUUGGCUACCGGCACGGAUUUGCACACACGCCAUGGCGCCAUCUUGGCCUGUGCUGAAAUCACCCAUGCACUUUAUAAGCUGGCGGUUCAGAGUAACAGAACCGUAGCGGAUUUCCUGGAUAAAGAGACUCUGCAAAGUUUAAUAGCGAUUCAUCCGAAGCUUCAGGGGCGCCAAUUAUACAGGGGUCUUGCUGGAGAGUUGAUGAGACCAGCAGUUUGCCAAUUGAUAGAAAAACUUUCCCUUUCCAAAAUCCCAAACCCAGGAAAUGCUGCAUUAGCCGAUUGGCAGCAGCUCAUCAAUGACACCCUGAAAAGCCUCCAUUUGUUCUCCAGCUCCGCCCGACAGAAGAUCAAGGAAGCGGCGGUGUCGUCUCUCUCCGCCUUAUGUAAUGAGUUCUAUCAGGACCUGGACGGGGAGGUCGAUCCAGUCCGGCGAGAUGACAUAGUGGAAUUUUACAUCGGGCAGCUCCAGAACUCGGUGGAGACGACUCGCUGCGGAUUCUCCUUGGCAUUGGGUGCCCUGCCACGGUUCAUGCUGAAGGGCAAGCUUCAACAGGUCCUGGAAGGCCUGCGGAAGGUCACCUGCAUCUCUCCGAAAGACGUCGCCUUUGCUGAAGCCAGAAGAGACGCCCUGAAGGCCAUCUAUAUGGUCUGUCAGAGUGUGGGGGUCAGCUCUGAUGGCUCACAGAACGACGUAUUGUGUAAAGACAACCUUCCCCUCGUCUACAACACGCUAUUGGACAGCAUGAAUGACUACACCACCGACAGCCGGGGGGAUGUGGGAGCAAGGGUGCGAGAAGCCGCUAUGGGCAGCCUGAUGGACGUCACUUUAUUACUGGUGGGAAGUGAGCCGGACCUCCUAGAAGAAGACUUCUGCCGCAGAAUGAUGUGCACCAUAGCUCAGCAGUCUGCGGAGAAGAUUGACCGCUUCCGAGCUCAUGCCGGCUCUGUGUUCCUCGGUCUCCUCUACCAAGAUAACCCUCCUGUGCCGCACAUUCCCGACCGGGAGGACCUGGAGCGGAUAUUCCCCAGAUCUCAGGCAGAUACACUGAACUGGAAUGCCCCAUCGCAGGCCUUCCCUCGUAUCACACAACUUCUGGGGCUGCCCACAUACAGAUAUUGUGUUAUGUUAGGAUUGACGGUGUCUGUCGGCGGAUUAACAGAGUCAACGGUGAGGUUCUCUGCACAGAGUCUGUUUGAAUAUCUCCGGAACAUCCAGAGAGAUGCGGAAGCCAUGGGUUCCUUCGUCCAGACGCUGCUGCAGGUCUUCAAGGACAACCAGCACAAUGACCGAGUCUCCAUCCCUUUGCUGAAGAUGUUGGACCAAAUGUUGGCCAAUGGCUGCUUUGAGCUCUACACACACGAGGACGAUCACCACUUUGCCCGGGAGUUGCUGUUAUUGUGUAAAAUGGAGAUUAGAAAAUCGAAGAACAUCCAGAAGCUGCGCUCCAGCAUCGCUGUGUUCUGCGGCAUGAUCCAAUUUCCCGGGGAGAUCAGGAAAGAGGUGAUGAUGCAGCUGCUACUCCUGCUGUGUCACGCGUUCCCUGUGGUGAGAAAAUCCACAGCCAGCGAGCUGUACGAAAUGUUCAUCACAUACGAUGACAUUGUGGAUCCUGAAAUCCUGGAGGAAGUUAUGGAAGUUCUGAGUGAGACCACCUGGGAUACGGAUGUGACGAAUGUGAGAGAGAAGCGGAAUCACCUCUGCGAUUUGAUGAAAGUGCCAAAGCCAACCCCAGCGACCAAGGUCCCUCGUUCUUGAUGAGAAUCCUCAGACACCUGUCGGAACUUGGCUGUCAUACCUUGUUUUGGUCAGCAAGUGGCGCUAUAUGCAUGUGUUCAUUAUAAUAAUAGACUGUCCUGUAUUGUGUCACUUCUAAAAUAAAACCAUGUUUAUUGUACAGUCA